GGAAAGCGUGAGGGUCGGCGAGCACACCGUCGGCAGAGACCCCGACUGCCACAAGAACCUCUGCGCUCCCUCGCCGCAGGACAUCGCCGUGGAGCAGGUGAUUGUGCACGAGGGUUACGGGUCGCCUUGCCUGAGCUGCAACGACAUCGCUCUCCUGCGACUGGCAACGCCCGCCAAGAUCGAUGGCAUCUUCGUGACGCCCGUGUGCCUUCCGCUGGAGCCGCUAAGGGACCUGGGCUUCUCCGCGCGGGAUCUGAAGACGAGGCGCGCGUGGAUCGCCGGCUGGGGCGCCACUGAGGCCCUCUCCUCCCGCACCGGCACUGGGACCUUCUCGGACGUCCUCCAGCACGGGUUUGUGCCCAUCAGUGACCGCUACUGCGCUCAGGAUCUCCGCGAUUAUCCCGACCCUGAUAUGGUGCUGUGUGCCGGAGGCGAGGAGCACGACGCCUGCACAGGUGACUCCGGAGGCCCUAUGGUCAUCAGCAACAGCAACGGGACGCGGAGAUACGUCAUCGGCGUGGUCAGUCGCGGCCCCAUCGUCUGCGGCGCCCCUGAGAGCUCGGGGAUUUACACGAGCGUCAUCUAUUACAUCGACUGGAUCGUGAAAAACCUCCGUGCUUAAGGGGGCAACGGAGGUCGAUACAGGGUCUGCGUGGAAUGGGAAGACUGGCCUUGAGGAUUCACUAGGAAGACGGGAUAGCGAAGGAGAGAUGGACGCCGGAUUUGGCGUCGACUAAAGUGGAAAAUUGGACAACGAAGGGGAGACUGGUCCAAAAAAUUGGUCUAUAUCGUCUUAGUUGUAGGGAAAUAGAAGUCGGGGUCGCCUGGCUUGAGUUGUAGCGACAAAGCACUCCUGGCAAUUUGCAACGUCCGCCAGGAUCGAUAACCGCGUAAAAGAAUUGGGUUUGCGGAAGUUGCUUCAGCUUUAUAUAUACA